CCCCAGGGCUUUUCGUCGUAAGCCCAGUCAGGAACAAGGUCAUCUCCGGGGCGGUUUCCACACAGCUCUAUACUCUUCCAGGGCAGAAAGCUGGCGCUUAGGCAAGGGAGUUGUACUCGGCAGUCGAUCGUCUCACCUCAAUUAUUGGGUCUUGAUACACCUGGGGCGGAAAUUAUGCUAUUUCCAGACAGCUCUUCACCGGAGAAAGGGCACUUGCAUUGUACGAAGGGCAGAAGGCUCUUCCUAUGUGUUCCAGAACACCGUUUGACCUUGAAACGUUGGGUAUACUCGCACCCCGUAUAUGCACUCUUGCCGUCCACCUACUCCCAUCCCUCGCCUAACUUCUCCGAUGGUGCAGCCCUAUCAUGGCGAAUAAUGCGCGAUUUGACCUUCACCACAACAACGACGAUGGCCUCAAUUCGAUGGGAAACACCGGACCUCAGUCCAAUCAAGUUCUCACGAUCAACAUGCAUGAACUAAAUACGAGGAGAUUUUCACUGGAACGCUAUCAGAAUUCAAUGUCAACCCCACGGAACUCCGGAGGAUCAUCACAUCAAAACGCUAGCAUAAGCUCGAAAAGUCGUAGCGAACUAACUCAGCAAAAGAGACGCCAGAGCGAUGCAAGACCCCAUCUAAGACAUCCUUUGGCUAUAGCGAUGAUCGCUCUUGCGGUUGUAGCGAUCGUCGCUAUUCUCGGUAGCGUUAUACCUACGCAGAUCAGAUCAAACAAUGAUGAUCAUGCUAAGGACUCGGACUCAUCACCGAACCCUCCACCGCCUCCGGACAUCUCGUCAUCAUCAGAAGCCACAACGGGCACGACGAUGCUUACUACUACAUCCAAAAGUAGCAAUAGCCUCAAUCCUAUUCUCGAAAAUCUGAGUCCCUCCGCAACAGCGUCCACACCCACGCAAACGUCUCGAACUCGAUCUCAAUCCCAACCCCCGAGCGCCGGCAUCACACCAAAGCCGAUACUUUUGCCCCCCAUGGCGAAGUGUGAAAAACAUUCUGACUGCGGGUCGAGCCCGUAUCUCUGUCACACCAGAAGAGAUACUGAAAAGUCGACUACUAAAACAACAAAAACCUGUUGCGCGCCGCAUGUAUCGGGUUGUCCAGGCUACAAUUGUAGCGAAUCGAGCUUUAACGAUUGUUUGGAUCCUUACCCUUGUGACACGAAUGGAAGUACAUGUUUGUACAUGACAUCGAUAGCAUAAGGCUUAUUCAUGGUAGUGGCGGAUGUAUCAU